GCCGCACAUCACGGGACUCGCCUCGGGUGACUUCGCCGUGGCCGGCGGCGAAGGAUGGCUCUACUUAUACGAUGGGCAGACCAUGCGACAACUUUCGAAGUUUCGGGCGCACAAGAAGGCCGUGAAUCGGCUCUUGGAGGGCCCCGGAGGCUCCCUUUUGACUGCGUCUGCCGAUGGUACGGUGCGACUUUGGAAGCAGGGCGGCCUCAAAGAAGGAUCGCCCGAACCGGUGCAGCAGUUUGAGGGACACAUCAUGUCCGUGAGUGCCCUUGACAUCGUCGAGGAGUGGGGCUCGGCCGGCGAAAUGCAGGCCGGCACGGCACUUUUCACUGGCUCUCGGGACUGUUCUGUGAUGCUGUGGGACCUCGAGACGGGGAG